CGCCGAUUCUACAUGGUUAAUGCUGAGCGCUAGGAUAUUGCACAUGCACGACAAUACAUUUAAUUCUCUCGUACCAAAAAAAGCUUUUCGAGUCAGCAACUUUUUUAAAAUUCAGUUGCGCGCGAAAACGAGUAAUCAUGACAUUAUACAGUGCAUCCUUAUUUUUGCUGGUGAAAUUUGCUUAUGUCUUCCGCAUAAUCGGUGCACAAUGUCCGACCAUGUCAUCCGGAAAAUGUUUUGUCGACUGCACCGUGCAGAGCGUGUUCACCAUCGCUUGCGAAGACAUCAAAGGGCAGCAGCUGUUCGAUGAUCUACGGAAUUACCGCGACUCCAAUCAGCCGGUGCAAUUGGCGGUGUGGAAUUCUCCCAUGACGCGGAUCGGCGCGGCCAUUUUGGAUUCGGUCAGUGACGAUCUGCUGCGACUGGAACUGGAUAACAUCUUAUAUCUGGAGUAUUUCCCGGAACUGCGAGACCAGACCAAUUUGAAAGAGCUCGUCAUUAUGAACAGUCCACUGCUGGCGGAAAUGCCAUUAGAAUUGCUUCCACCUACGAUACAGCGCGUCGUGCUGUACCGCACCGGCAUAACGCAGUUGCUAAACGAUUUCGACGAGACACAGUCCAUUCCGGGUCUUCGCGAGCUGGUGUUUGUCAACGGGCGCCUAACGGAAGUACAGGGUGAUUUCUUUCGCGCCUUCCCUAAUAUGGAGUCGCUGCAGAUUAUCAACUCUACCUUCUCCAUCCAGCAGAUCCCAAACAAGAUGGUCAGCACGGUGAAACCGCUCAAGUUCGUGCGAAUCGCCCACAACAUCUUCGAGUCCGGCUCCCAGCGCAUCUGUGAGAGUAUGCUGAACGGCGUCAGCUACCAGUCCGGAGCGUUUAUCGAUUUUAUCGCCAAUGAAUUCAGCAUAACCGCGGGGGUCGUCGAGCAGUUGUGGAAAUUCCGUGAAGCCAAACACCUCUCCUUUCAAGGCAACGCAUUCCAAGAUUUUGUCCACACUUCUUGGGUGUUUGCCGAUUACAAUCAGUUGGAAAUGCUGGAUCUAAGGCAUACCAACUUCCUACCGGCUCGCUCCAGCUUCGCCGGUUUGCCCAACCUGAAACAGCUGUACUUGGGCGGUAACGCCAUUCGAGAUUUGACAGUCAUUAAUAUGUUUGCUGGAUCAUUAUCCACCAACCUGACCUUGCUGGAUCUCUCCGAUAACGGACUCCGCCUGCUGCCAAUCGGCAUGGAACCGGUGUCCCCGCAGUUAACCGAACUGGAUUUAAGCGGCAAUCAACUGAACAUUGGUUUCAUGUUUGAAGACGACACGAACCACUAUAUCACACAUUUUCGUUUGUUCCCCAAUCUGAAGAAACUCGAUUUGUCCGGGAAUAAAAUGAAACGCUUUAAUGGCACGCAUCUAAGCAGGAUAAAAAAUCUGGAACACUUAAACAUCGGAUGUAAUAAUUUUAUGCGCAUUGAUAAGAGCUUCUUUCAUGCGUUACCGAAAACGCUACAGAUCUUGAACAUGACAUUUUGCUUAACUCCCGGAAACAUCGCCAAACCACGCUUUGACCCAGACGCCUUUUCCACUUUGCCACCAGCCGUGGCCAGGCUGAUUCUGCAGAAAGGGUAUUUGGAUAGUUCCAUCUUUGCGGUGUUCAAAAACGCCAAUAUUCCCACGUUACGGCAACUUGAUCUGGGAUUCAACGCCAUCGGCAUCAUCACCGAAGAACUGUGCCAACCACUAGCCGAUCUGGAGACUCUGAUUUUAGCCGGGAACCAGCUGCAGUCCUUGGGGUAUCAGACGUUUCGUGGGAUGUGUAAUCUGCGUGCCCUGGAUUUAUCCUGGAAUAAGAUUUUCCUGGUGGGGACCCAUGAUUUCGACGGUCUCCGCAAUCUUAAAGUGUUGACACUAACCGGGAACGGGCUGACGGAGAUUCAGCCCGGAGCGCUGGAACCGAUGGUACAACUGAAGAAUCUAUACUUGGGCUACAAUUCGAUCAAAGACCUCAAAUCAUUGAUGACCACUCUUGGACAGCAGCUACAACACCUGGGUCUGCAGGAGAACCCUAUUGACUGCAUCCCAGACAUGUUCCUAGCCAAGAUGAUCAAUCUGAAGUGGAUUUAUUUAAAUUCUUCCCGCGGGAUGAACCUGGAUUUAGGGACGUUCCAGCGGCUGGGUUCCACGAUGUCGACGUAUCCGUUUAAGUUGUGGGCGUUCAAGGAGCCGGUACUCAGUGAUCUGGGGUGCGAAUCAUGGGACGACUGGUCAGCAGUUUACCAAAGGUCGUUAAAAUUUGUCAUUAAGGACAAAAUGGACACAGUACUACAGAACAUGCUCAUCAACUUUCCCAGCUGUCAUAUGGAGCGACCACGCGGAAUACAAGCGUUAGUGGAGAGUCUUAUUUGUAAGCCCGCCCCAAUCAGCGACGGUCCGGUGUAGCGCUUCAUGGAGCGCGGUAGUUUCAAUCCUGCACCAACCCGGUGCCCUGGAAACUGGUGUGGACCUAGUUUACUUUCAGUCGGUUGUCUGUGAUAUGUUGGAAAUCUUUUCCGUGAUGAUUCCAGAUAUAGAAAAAAAUG